AUGUACUUCAUAUCCAAUAUCGGAGCAAAUGCUGGCGCUCAUCGACUUUGGAGUCACAAGAGUUACAAAGCAAAAUUACCAUUAAGAAUCCUACUUCUAAUAUGUUUUAAUGCUAGUGGACAGAAUUCAAUAUAUAAUUGGGUGAAGAAUCAUCGUAUGCACCACAAAUAUUGCGAUACUAAUGCCGAUCCCCACAACACCCAGCGCGGCUUCUUUUAUACGCACGUGGGAUGGGUGAUGAUGACAGAGCAUCCAGAAUUUAUUAAAAAAAGCAAGCAGCUUAAUUUAUCGGAUAUUUCAUCAGAUCCUGUUGUGGUUUUUGGUCACAG